CGCGAAUCAUAUUUUAAACGACAGUCAUGUGAACCAAAUAAGGGCCACGAGGGCGCGAAAAUGGGCCCAACUUUUCUAUAUAAACCAAUUUUCUCAUCCUAACUCUACCAACCAGAACCUUUCUUCAUCGUAUUCUAUCUUCCGCCAAACUGUGAUACGUUUAUCAUGAGGAUGAUCAAGAAGAUUCUAGGCGGCCUGGCUAUGGCUGGGCUCGCCAUCGCAUGUCCUGACGAUGCGCCAGCCAAUACCACAACAUCUAACAACAGGGCACCAUUGCGGAAUGUCGUCUAUUUCGACCAGUAUGCAUCCCUCUCGCCUAACAGCGUUGUACUAAGCUAACAAAAUUACAAGAUACCACACGGCCAUCAUGCCCAACAAGAACGUAACGGCGGGUAUCACCCACGUCAUCAUGGCCUUCGCCAACUCCUCUCUCUUCGUCGAGGAGACGGCAGGUGCCUACACGCCGUUCAUGCCCCUCAACCAAGUCCGCGACAUGUUCGACAACGGGACCCAACUCGGCAUCGCGAUCGGCGGGUGGGGCGACACGGCGGGCUUCUCGAAGGGGGCCGCGACGGAGGCGAGCCGCAGCGCGUACGCGAAGAACGUCGCGAAGAUGAUCGAGACGCACGGCUUCGACUUCGUCGACAUCGACUGGGAGUACCCCGGCGGCAACGGCGCCGACUACAAGCAGACCCCGAACUCCAACAAGACUUGCGAGAUCACCGCCUUUCCCCUGUUCCUGCAACAGAUCAAGAACGCCAUCGCCCCCAAGCAGCUCUCGAUCGCCGUCCCCGCCAAGAUGCAGGACACCAUCGCCUACACGAGCGACCAGGCGCCGGCGAUCUUCGCCGCGGUGGAUAUGGUCAACCUGAUGUCGUACGACAUGAUGAACCGCCGGGACACCACGACCUCGCACCACACGUCCGUCAAGGGGGCCAUCAAGGCCACGAAAAUGUACCUGGACAUGGGCCUGCCGCCUUCCAAGCUCAACCUCGGCUUCGCCUUCUACGCCAAGUACUUCCAGACCCCGCCCGGCGCGAACUGCACGCAGGCGGUCGGGUGUCCGGUCGUGGCGGCCGAGAAUGCCGACGGCACGGACUCGGGCACCUCCGGCGCGAUGACGUUUGAGAAGGCGCACGUGUUCCCCCCCGCGCCGCCGAAGGACCUGCUCGCGUCGGUGGAUGGCACGUGCGGCGCGGACGCGGGCAAGAAGUGUCCCGCGGGGACGUGCUGCUCGCAGUACGGGUCGUGCGGGUCGACGGUGGAGUACUGCGGCAUUGGAUGCCAGCCGGCGUACGGUAUCUGCUCGGCGCCGGACAUCGUGGCGGCGUUCGGGAAGGCGUUGGCCAACGGGCAGGAGGAUAAGGAGGAGGGCGCCAUGUGGUAUUGGGACGCGGAGCACAACCUGUUCUGGACCUGGGACUCGACGCCCCUCAUGAUCCAGAAGGUCCGCGAGAUCGUGGUGCCGGAGAAGCUCGGCGGCCUGAUGGCCUGGAGCUUGGGCGAGGAUAGCGGCGACUGGACGAGAGUCACGAGCCUCGCGACGGCCGCGAAGGUCUUUAGUAACCCAAAUCAUCUCCUGGGGCCGUUGAGUAGGCGAGCGAGGAAGCCCUACGCUAGGCGUCAUAGUCACCGGUUCCCACACUAGGGAGGGGUAUUGAGAGGGAUCUGUCCUGGAGAGGACAUCGCAUUCUAUGAUUUGCAGUAUUUGGAGUUGGGGAUUAUCACUGAUUUCAUGAACUUGGGUUUAGGAUGACCUAGGCAGUUACUCUGCAGCAUGCUGGCCAUGAUUCACUUCGUGGUAUAAGUUAUCACCCUAACUGGCCGUACAUGAAUAACAUUAUUAGUCCCAUAUACUAGUAAAUAACCUCUUAUCUUAGCGUGACAUUACUUGACAGUGAGUAUUUGUAGAGAGGCGAUAAAUUGUACGAACGCCGUCUACCUAACCGAACGACAGCAUGCUUAAACGCUUUCACAGGCCUCCUUCGUGUCCUUGACGAGGUUCCGGUACAUGGCAGCUCGUUUCUCCAGGCUAUAGGUACUCAACACUGUCCCUGAAUGUGUUUUGACUUGGCUUGGAUCCGGAGAGUGCCUCAUAUCUCUUAGGUUAUUAGUAAUUAUAAUCUCCAAAGUAUUUCUGUUGGUGUUGUUUUAAAUUUGAUCUCUUGACUCCGAAAAUAGAAUAAUUUACUUGGCAAUAGUAAUGUACCUAUGAUGUGUGAAGAAGCUCGACGGUUGUCGUAUUGAAUUGUUGAUGUUGUAAAAGCCUGAUCCAGGCCCACUUUUGUUAAUGUCUAAGGUCAGUACAUUCCCCCCUUUUAAGACCUAAGACCGGGUCAAAAUCGGGGAUAUACUUUGGUA